UUUAAAAGUAAGGUUAUAUUUUUCACGUUUUAAUUCAAGUUCGUUCGUUGUUCUAAAAAUUUUGUAAAUUAAAAUAUAAAUGGAGUCUACCGAAGCAGAAAAAACACCGAAUGAAAAUUUUGAGACCUUUGACCAGCCUUUCGAAAGCAGCUCAGAAGGAGAAUGGAACCCAACUGACUGUUCUGAAGAUGAGUUUGAAACCGAUAUUACCACUUCGGUAAUACAUAAACGAAAAAGAAAUAAUAAUUGUGUAACUCAACAGUUUAAAUUUAAUUGCACUGUAGAAAAUUGUCAAGCUGUGUACCGAAAGAAGUGGUUACUAGAAGAUCAUAUUAGGAAACAUAAUAAAGAGAGACCUUUUAAGUGUACCACUGAGGAAUGUAACAAAUCGUUUACUAAAGAGGCUCAUUUAAAACGACAUAAAAUUUUAGUACAUGAGAAAUCUUGUGAACUAGUUUGUGAUGUCAAGGGUUGUGGUUUGAUUUACAACAACAAAUAUAGUUUAAAGAAACAUAAAAACCAAAUUCAUAAUGCUUUAAAGUGGCCAUUCUUUUGCCAUGAAUGUUGCAUAGGCUUUAAGAAAAAGUGGCAGCUUAAUCAACAUAAUUAUAAACAUACUGGGGACCCUCCAUUUAAGUGUACUUUAUGCAAUAUUGGGUUUACACUUCAAAGAGAUCUAACAAAACAUAACAGAAACCAUAAAACCUAUACUUGUGACUGUGGUCAAAUAUUUGAAAGAUGGUCCCACUUAAAUCUCCAUAAUAAGAAAUGCUCUAUUAAAAAAGAUCUUAGCUGUAAGAUAUGUGAUAAAAAAUUCAGUAAAAAAGAGAAUUUAAAUGCUCACCAUGCAUCUCUCCAUCAAGAAUCUAAAGAACCUGAACUUUUUCAUUGUCCUUAUUUGAAUUGUACAAGAAGUUACAAGUACAAGAAAAAUGUAAAUUUUCAUGUUUCAUUUUUCCACGAGAAAAGUAAUCAAAAGGAAAUUCCUUGUCCAACAUGUGGAAAAAUAUUUCAUAUGCAGGUCUACCUAAAACGUCACAUUGAAAAAAUGCACAAGCUUCCAAAGAUUGCUAAACUUCGUGCUACAAGAAAAGAUAAGAAUAAAUCACGAACUUGUACAGCAGCAGUUUUAGCAGGGCUUAAAUUGUCUCAAAAAGGACAUAUAGAACUUUUAAAGAAUCACAAAAAACUUAUUAUAAAAAUACCAAGAAUAGACUUAAGUGAAUUUGAAACUAAAUUAAACAAAUCCAGUGAUGAUUUGGAACAAAGAGACAGUUCUGAAUUAAUAAAAGAUUUAGCUUUAAUAGAACAAACUAAUAAUAUAGAAGAUAUUGUAACAUCAAAUUUUGAAAAAACAGAUAAAAGUAUUAUGAUAGAAGAUAAUAAUACAAAUUGUAAUAAACUAAAAGAUUUAGAACAUAAUACACAACUGAAAAAUUUAAAUGAUAUAAAUAAUCAAAGAGAAGAAUCUGAUAAUGGGGUUAUAGAAAAUGUAAUACAGACAUGCCAUAAAAUGAAAAACAUAUCCAGAAAAGAUGUAACAGAAAUUGAAAAUAAAGUAAAUAAAUCUAAUGAUGUGAAACAAACCGACAUAAAUAAAUUAAAAGAAGUAGAUUUAAUAGAACAAACUAAUAAUACAGAUAUUGUACUAUUAAAUUUAUGGAAGAAAACCGGAACGUUGUCAGACGAUAAAAGUAUUACAAUACAAGAUAAUAGUACAAAUUCUGAUUCAAUAAUAGAUUUAGAACAGAAUAUACAAACGAUACCAGAAAAUAGUGUAAAUUCUGAUACAAUAAUUGAUUUAGAACAAAUUAUAAAACCAAACAAUGUAUAUUUUAUGAUAAAUAAUGAAGGGUUAAAAGAAUCUAUUAACAGGGUUCUAGAAAAUGAAAUACAAACAAUAGGAUAUGAAAGGGGAACAAACAUAUCCAGAAAAGACGUAACAGAAAUUGAAAAUAAAAUAAACAAAUCUAAUGAUGUGAAACAAACUGAUACAAACAAAUUAAAAGAAAUAGUUUUAAUAGAACAAACGAAUAAGACAAGAGACAUUGUACUAUUAAAUUUGAAAAAUACAACGAGUAUGUCGUCAGAAGAUAAAAGUAUUGCAAUACAUGAUAAUAGUAUAAAUUCUGAUUCAAUAACAGUUUUAGAACAUAAUAUUCAACUGAAAAAUCUAACCGAUAAGGUAAAUAAUCAUAAUGAAGUUCUAGAAAAUGUAGAAAGAACAAAAGAUCAUCAAAUAAGUACAAAUAUAUCCAGAACAGAUGUAACAGAAAUUGAAAAUAAAGUAAACAAAUCUAAUAAUGUGGAAAAAACAGACACCGGUGAAUUAAAAGAAAUACCUUCAAUGGAACAAACAAAGAAAGAAAAUAUUGUAAUAUUAAAUUUGGGGAAAACAACAGAAACGUUACCAGAAAUUAGUGAAAAUUCUGAUACAAUAAUUGAUUUAGAACAGAUUAUAAAACCAAACAAUGUAAAUUUUAUGAUAAAUAAUAAAGGGUUAAAAGGAUCUGUUAAUAAGGUUCUAGAAAAUGAAAUACAAACUGGUUCUAAUAAAUUAAAAGAAGUAGUUUUAAUAAAACAAAUGAAUAAUACAAGCGAUAUUGUACUAUUAAAUUUGGAAAAUAUAAUGGGAACAUUGUCAGAAGAUAAAAGUAUUACAAUACAAGAUAAUAGUAUACAUUCUGAUUCAAUAAUAGAUUUAGAACAGAAUAUACAACUGACAAAUCUAACUGAUAAGGUAAAUAAUCCAGUGUUAGAAGCAUGUGAUAAUGAGAUUCUGGAAAAUGUAGUACAAACAACAGAAGGUCAUCAAAUAAGUAAAAAUAUAUCCAGAAUAGAUGUAAUGGAAAUUGAAAAUAAAGUAAACAAAUCUAAUAAUGUCGAACAAACAGACACCAGUGAAUUAAAAGAAAUACCUUUAAUAGAACAAACACAAGAAGAAAGUAUUGUAAUAUUUCAUUUGGGGAUAACAGAAACGUUACCAGAAAUCAGUGUACAUUCUGACACAAUAAUUGAUUUAGAACAUAUAAAACCAAACAAUGUAAAUUUUAUGAUAAAUAAUGAAAAGUUAGAAGGAACUGUUAAUGGAGUAGAAAAUGAAAUACAAACAACAGGUAAUGAAAUAGGAACAAACAUAUCCAGAAAAGAUGUAACAGAAAUCGAAAAUAAAAUAAACAAAUCUAAUGAUGUGAAACAAGCUGACACUAAUAAAUUAAAAGAAGUAGCUUUAAUAGAACAAACUCAUAAGAUACAAGAUAUUGUAGUAUUAAAUUUGGGUAAAACAACAGGAACGUUGACAGAAGAUAAAAUUAUAAAUUCUGAUGAUACAAUAUUAGAUUUAGAAAAAAAUGUAAAUGAUAUGACAAAUAAAGAAAUGAUAGAAGCAUCUGUUAAUGGAAUUAUAGACAAUGAAGAAAGACACAAUACGAGUUUAAAAAUAUCUAGAAAAGAUGUAACAGAAAUUAAAAAUAAUAAUGUGGAAUUAAAAGAAAUGUCGUUAAAAAAACAACAUAAUAAAAAAGAUAGUCUAUUGAUGGAGGAUUUAGAUGAGUCUUAUGAAAGUUCAGAAGAAGAAUGGAAUCCAACUGAUCACUCGGAAGAUGAAUUUGACAUGGAUAUUAUCACUUCUGCAGUGCCAACAAAACGGGAAAACAAUUAUGCAACUCAAAAACUUAAAUUUAGAUGCCCUGUAGAAAAUUGUGACGCUGCUUACAGAAAGAAGUGGUUACUAGAAGAUCAUAUUAGAAAACAUAAUAAAGAGAGACCCUUUCAUUGUACCAUUGAAGAUUGUAAAAAAUCGUUUACUAAAGAGGCUCAUUUAAAACGCCACAACAUUUUGGUGCAUGAAAAAUCAGGAGAACUAGCUUGUGAUGUCAAGGGUUGUGGUUUGAUUUACAACAACAAAUACAGUUUAAAGAAACAUAAAAAUCAAGUUCAUAAUGCUUUAAAGUGGCCAUUCUUUUGCAAUGAAUGUUGCAUAGGCUUUAAGAAAAAGUGGCAGCUUAAUCAGCAUAAUUAUAAACAUACUGGGGAGCCUCCAUUUAAGUGUCCUAUGUGCAAUAUUGGUUUUACAGUUCAAAGAGAUCUAACAAAACAUAAUAGAAAUCAUAAAACGUAUUCCUGCGACUGUGGUGAAAUAUUUGAGAGGUGGUCCCAUUUAAAUCACCAUAAAAAGAAAUGUUCUGCAAAAAAAGAUAAUAUCUGUAAGAUAUGUGAUAAAAAAUUUAGCAAAAAAGAAAAUUUAACUGCUCACCAUGCAUCUAUCCAUCAAGAAUCUAAAGAACUUGAACUUUUUCAUUGUCCUUAUUUGAAUUGUACAAGGAGUUACAAGUACAAGAAAAAUGUGAAUUUUCAUAUAUCAUCUUUCCAUGAGAAAAAUAACCGAGAAGAAAUUCCCUGCCCAACAUGUGGAAAAAUAUUUCAAAUGCCGCUCUACUUAAAUCGUCACCUCGAAAAAAUGCACAAGCUUCCAAAGAUUUCUAAACCUCGUGCUACCAGAAAGGAUAAAAACAAAUCACGAACUUAUACAGCAGCAGUUUUAGCAGGGCUUAAAUUGUCUCAAAAAGAUCAUAUGGAUUUUUUAAAGAAUCCUGAAAAACAACUUAUUGUAAGAAUAACCAGAAUAGAUCUUGGUGAAAUUGAAACUAAAGUAAACAGUUCCAAUGAUAAUGUUAAACAAAUACGUAGUAAUGAAUUAAAAUAUAUAGGUUUAACAGAACAAAGUAGUAAGAAAGAUGAUAUUUUAAUACUAAAUUUGGAAAAAACAGGACAGCUGUCUGAAGAUAAUAUUAUAGAAGAUAAAAGUAAAAAUUGUCAAACACAAAUAGAUUCAGAGCAGAAUAUACAACUAAAAUUUUUAAAUGAUAUGCAUAGGACCGAACUUUCUGUUAAUGGAAUUCUUCAAAUUGAAGAACAAACAACGUCUCCACAUAAAAUUAAUACCAGAAUAGAAGAAAAUAUUUCAACAUUUUCUGAUGAUGUAGUAGUUGCAUGUAACUCAGUGUUAAAGAUUAUUGAAGAAUGUAUACUUUAAGUUUUAUGACAUUUUAUGUGUGAUUAUCUUUAAGACGUUUAAUAAAAUGUUUCCAAGUUGC